CGGGGAGUGAUAAACAGGGUGAUUGAAUAAGACGACCACCACCAACACAACCUGCCAGACUGUUGCACCACCUCUCGCCCAUCCCUCCCCUGCCCCCAGCUGGCCCAUGUCGUGGUGACUGACUGGCUGACUGACUGAUAGGAGUGUGCAUUGGUUGCAAUGAGAACAAGUUAGCAUCUGACAGCACAAUCCUUAGGAGAGAGAAAGAGAAGGAGAGGUGAAGAGACAACAGGCAGAGUGCUCACAAGCCAGACUGCCUCAACCACCACCACCACCACCAGCGUCCCCGUGAGGUGCUGACAAGUGUCCCUGCAGCACCGACAGGAUGGGAGUGCCAAAGUUUUACCGAUGGAUCAGCGAGCGCUACCCGUGCCUGAGCGAGGUGGUGAAGGAGUACCAGAUCCCAGAGUUUGACAAUCUGUACUUGGACAUGAACGGCAUCAUCCACAUCUGCUCCCACCCCAACGACAAUGAUCCACACUUCAGGAUAACAGAGGAGAAGAUGUUCAAGGACAUCUUCCACUACAUUGAGGUGUUGUUCCGCCUGGUGCAACCCCGCAAGGUGUUCUUCAUGGCGGUGGACGGCGUGGCACCCAGAGCAAAGAUGAACCAGCAGAGGAGUCGCAGGUUCCGGUCAGCCAAGGCUGCUGUGGAUGCGGAGAAGAAGGCGAAGGAGCGCGGGGAGAAGCUACCCACAGAGGAAAGGUUUGACUCCAACUGCAUCACUCCUGGCACGGAGUUCAUGGAGCGUCUGGACAGUCAGCUGAGGUACUUUGUCACUAGCAAGAUCUCCCAGGACAAGAUGUGGCAGGAUUGCAAGGUCAUAUACUCAGGUCACCAGACGCCUGGUGAGGGGGAGCACAAGAUCAUGGAGUACAUUCGGUAUGUUAAAAGUGGCCCAGACUAUGACCACAACACCCGCCAUUGUCUGUACGGCCUGGACGCUGACCUCAUCAUCCUCGGCCUCACCACGCACGAGCCACACUUCUCACUGCUCAGGGAAGAGGUGAGGUUUGGGGGCAAGAAGGACAGCAACAGCCGCACACCAACCCCUGAGGAGACCACCUUCCACCUGCUGCACCUGAGCCUCAUGCGGGAGUACAUCAAUUAUGAGUUCCACGAUUUGCGGUGCGCCCUGCCCUUCCCGUACGACCUGGAGAGCAUCAUUGAUGACUGGGUGCUGAUGGGCUUCCUGGUGGGCAACGACUUCAUCCCUCACCUGCCACACCUACACAUCAACAAGGAGGCGUUGCCCAUCCUCUACAGGACCUACAAGGCCACACUGCCUACCUUGGACGGCUACCUCAACGAGGGCGGCAAGCUGCACCUGCCGCGCUUCGAGAAGUUCUUGGUCAAGCUGGCAGAGUUUGAGCUGGAGAAUUUCCACGAGAUUUAUGCUGACCUUAAGUACUUCAAGGGUAAGCGACUGAAGGACGGUGAGGCAUUCAAGGCCAACAAGAGAGCCAUGGACCUCAAGCCCUUCAACUUUGAGGAGGAGGACACCGGCGACACACUCAACGGGGCACUCCUCGGCAGCUUGGAGGAGGACGAUGAUGAUGAGGACGAGGUGGAGGACCUGCGUCGUACUUAUGAACGUUUGGGCUAUGAGCCGGACCCAGCGUUUGUGGACGAUGAGGAUGAGGACGAGGACAGCUCAACAUCAGAGGACGGCGGGGGCGGUGUCGGCGGCACGUUCAAGGAGGAGUUCCGGCUGCACAAGCGGGACUACUACAUGACCAAGAUGAACAUCAAGCACGUGAACUCAGCCGCCCUGCACCACCAGGCCACCAACUACGUGCGGGCCAUCCAGUGGAUCCUCAACUACUACUACAAUGGCAUCUGCUCCUGGUCCUGGUACUACCCCUUCCACUACGCCCCGUACAUCUCAGACGUCAGGGACUUUGCACACAUGGAGAUGGGCUUUGAGCUGGGCCGCCCCUUCCUCCCCUACCAGCAGCUCCUGGCCGUGCUGCCUCCCCUCAGCAAGAACCUCCUCUGCAAGGCCUACUGGAGCCUCCUCACCAGCCCUGACUCUCCCGUCAAGGACUUCUACCCAGACACCUUCCUCACUGACCUCAACGGCAAGCAGCAGGACUGGGAGGCGGUGGUGCUGAUCCCCUUCAUUGACGAGGAGCGGCUGCUGCAGGCCAUGGAGGCGGUCAACUCAAUGCUCAGUGAGGACGAGAGGAAGAGGAACUCACACGGACCCAUGUACAUCUACACCUUCACCGGCCAGAACCUUGGAGACUACCAUGCACCCAAGUACUUCCCGGUGAUCCACAUGAACCACGCACAGGUGGAGAGGGUGUGGAGGGAGACGUGGGAGCUGCCGCCAGACAAGAUCAAGAAGGGUCUGUGUCCAGAGGUCCAGCUGGAUAUAUACUUUGCUGGCUUCCCAACCCUCAAGCACGUCGACCACAAGUUCCACAUGGCCAAGGAGGGAGUGAAGGUAUUCCAGCAGAACAGUCGUGGCGAGAACUUUAUCCUGGACAUCACAGAAAAGGACACGCCGGACCUGAGGGACGUGGCCAACCAGCUGCUCGGGAAAGAGGUGUUUGUGUCUUGGCCACACUUGAUAGAGGCCAAGGUGGAGGCAGUGAGUGAUGCCAGGGACCGCUACCAGCUCGGUGGCAACCAGGAGGUGCAGAGACACCCGGUGGAGCACAACAUGAAGGAGGAGUUCUCUUUGUCACGGAACUCCCUCAUCUCACACCACCACGACCGCUGGGGCAUCAACCUCAACAACACUCCCAUCCUUGUCUAUGCCACACCCAUGACUGGCAGGAGGUACAUCGCAGGGCAGAGUGGCAAGAUGACGCUGGAGAAGGUGUGGUCCAAAGUGGUGCAGCCUUACCCCUUGCAGACCAUUGUGAAGGACAUUGGUGUACACUCCCACGGGUACCAGAUGCACCUCACGCCCCAGGAGUACUUCCCCCCUCGCACCAAGGUCUUCAUGCUGGGCCAGCCACACUACGGAGCCAUGGGGGAGGUCAUUGAGAUUGACCCGAGCCACAAGGGCAGGAUCCGCGUGGCCAUGACAGUGAUGCACGAACCAAACUUUGAUGUGGUGCGGGGCAAGCAGAACCAGCUGGAGGAGCGCUACAUGACAGCCUAUCACGCAGCACAGAGGCUGGGCAUAUCCUCCCACCUGCUGUCGCGCCUCACGGGGACUGUGUUCUUGGCGCCACCCAUGGGGGAUGGGCUGCUGGACGAGACUGAGAUGAGGAACAAGCUGAACAUUGGACUCAACCUGAAGAACAACAAGAAGAAUGAGGAGGUGAGUGGUUACAGCCGGAAGAUCAAGGAGGCAGGGGUGGAGAAGACGACAUGGCUGUACUCGGACAGGUCAGUGGAGGCCAUGAUGGAAUACCACAGCAAGUUCCCAGAGAUCUUUGACCACCUCUCCCUCAACAUUGGCCAGCGUGACAUCUUCCACCAGGAUGAGGUGUUCGGCGAGGCACACAAGGAGAGAGUGGUGGAGCUGGCGGAGUGGCUCAAAACAUCAGACUUUGCCAAGGCAGAGCGGCAGCCGUGUGGGACUCAGGCUCUGGGGGAGGCCGUGGUGGCAUGCGUGUCGGAGGAGGUGGACAAGGCCAACAUUGUGCGGGCCAAGGUGGUCAAGAUGCAAGUCAGACCUCACCUGCUCUUUAAGCCCAACCCCCUCCAGGGCAGCACUCCCCCCGACCACACUGUGACCUUCCACAUGUUUGAUCGUGUUGUCAAUGUGAGGGAGGGCUUCUCUGUUCCUCUUGGAGCUCGGGGGACCAUCAUAGGGAUCCAGCCAGGGGAGAAACAAGCUGACGUCCUCUACGAUAUCCUGUUUGAUGAGGCGUUCCCUGGUGGUCUGACACUGCGCGGCAAAGUGUCGGCGCAGCGGUGUUACUCCCUCCACUGGGCCGCCCUCAUCAACAUCACCCACGGCUCCCGCUCUCCCACUGGCCAGGCGCCCCCCACUCAAGUCUACCAGCCACCUCAGGACAACAGAUGGUCACAGCUGCCCAACUUCAACAGGAAUGACAACAACAGGAACCACAGUCACCAGUCAGCUCCUGUGAGGUGGCAGCAGCAACAGCCACAACCACAGCAACAGCAGCAGCAGCAGCAGAGGUACCAAACUCCACAGCAACGACAACAACAACAACAACAACAACAGCAGCAGCGGUAUCAACCUCCUCUGCAGCAGCAACAGCAACAGCAAAGAUACCAGCACCCACAACAACAGCAGCAACCUCAAAGAUACCAGCACCCUCACCAGCAGCAGCAGCAACAACAGCAGCAGCAGCAGCAGAGGAACAAAGGCAGUGUGGGGCUGUCUGGGUCUCUCAUGGCUGGAUUGAGAGUAGCACCAGAGGGCUCGCCAAGACACACAGACUUGCAGGGCAACACUAACACCCUCAGCCCUGAGCAUGGCGGCCCCCAGCCCCCAGACCCACACCAGCUGCCCAGCCCCGCCAGCCUGCGUAUUGCCCAGCCCCAGGGGAAGGGUGUAGCUAAUGGUGACCUUAACCAAACCAAACCACAGUCACCUUCAAAGACUCAGCAGCGGAAGAUUGUGGAAAUGAAGUCAGCGGAUGAAGUGGAGUGUGUGGUGCACGGAACCUAUUACUCCUAUUGGCCCAAGAUCCUGCAAAAGGGUCUGGUGAAGCCUUCCCCUCACUCCCACAUCCCUUGCUACCCCUUCGUGCCCCUCAACACUGGCGGGCCACGCUCCUACCAGCUGUUUGUCUUCAUCAACACGUGGCAAGCCAUGAGAGACGGCAUCAAGUUCUUCACGUCGGGGGAGCGGCAGGUGCUGUGCUCAGGAGACGCUCAGGGUUGCCUUUUGCCCAAGUACUUCAGCCGGGUGGUGGACACAGAGACGAGGGCAGUGAUAUACCCCAACCCUCAAGGCCAGGGUGUGAGCGGCCCGCCACCAACCAAGACACCACCGGGCCUUGGGAGAGGAGCGCCGAUCUCCGCGGUGCAGAAGUCACACAGUGGCGUGUACAACGACAUCUGGUCACAGGUGCAGCGUCUGGAUGCUGACAUGGUGAACCUCAGACCAUUCCAGGGACAGACCACCCAACUCAGAGCCAGCCCAGGGCGCAUGGAGGUGUCAGUGGACGACAUAUUCCGUGGGGCUGCCAACCACACCCGGCACCCACAGCCUCACCCUAACCUCCCGCAGAACCCACAGUCCCAGGGUGAGCCAAACAUAAUGAGUCUGCUGACUGCCGCACACCAGUCAUAUGCCCUCUCCAACUCCACAGCUGCCACCACUACCCCCACCACAACCACCACCACGCCGCACAAGAACGGAUCUCCAACCAAAUCAGCCUUCGUGCCGACUCAAGUCAUACGAAACCAAACGCCGCGCAAACCAAAGCCAAACGGACAGGAGCGCACACACAGUAACAAAGCCGAGGGUGGCGCCAACGCAAACCCACAACAGCACCACCAGCACCACCAGCAGCAGCAAAGGAAGGACAACCAGAACAGCAGUCACCAGCACCAGCAGAAGCAGACUCAGGGAUCGGAAGGAGCGGCCAGACCCAGGAGACAGGUGCGAAAUAGACUGGCGGUGCGCUUUCCAGGGAAGAAGGACUGAGGGCAUUGUAGGAAUUCAUCACCGUCUUCCUCAGCUACAUAACGCUGGAUUACUUGAUCUUCAUCGUCAUGGUGUCAGUUGAUUCAUCAGGUUCUCAGUUGUUUGGUCUGUAACUUGUGUCUGCCUCCUGACAACUCUCUGUCUGUGUGUGUGUGUGUGUGUGUGUGUGUGUGUGUGAAGGAUGAGGUGUACAAGCAUUCAAUUUUAAUGGUGAAUAGAACUUUAGUCAUUGCCAGAAUUAAUUUAGUCAAUUUAUCCCAGGUCUUGAUAAAUUUAAGUAAGGACAUUUCACUUGUCUUAGUUUAGUCUUUGGGCUCUUACUGUAUCUACUUGUAUUUGUUGUUCAGUAUGUCUUGUUCUCCCUCUCUCCCUCUGUGUUUGCUGCAAGACAAGAGGUGCUACUGGGGCCCUCUAUGAGUUUUAUAGGAGCCUGACUGACUGACUCCCAGCAUGAAGGAAAUGUUUGCAGGCCGGCCUAUGACACUAUUAUUGUACUGUGUGUGUGUGUGUGUGUGUGUGUGUGUGUGUGUGUGUGUGUGUGUGUGUGUGUGUGUGUGUGUGUGUGUGUGUGUGUGUAUGCAUGGGUAUGUGCAUGUAACAAACUAUUCUGCAGUUUAAUAACUCACUAUAACACAUUUUUUAUCAAGUACUACAUAGUGAAUGAAUUGGUAAUAUAUAUAAUGUUUGAGUGAAAUGUACAGUCACCGUAUGUGUGUGUGAGUGCGUUUAGAUUUAUAACUUCCACUCAGUCUGUUGUGUGCCUCAGUACUGCACAUCAAGUAAGUCUAUGUUAACUGAAGCAAGUGGCCAGAAGGGUGACACAGCAAAGAUGGUAUUGGUUUUGUUGGCUGUGCAAUGGUAACUCAGUGUCGUGACUGGCUCUGAGUCAUGUAGAAGUGGAAGCACUAGAGAAGACUGAGAGACUGUGUGGAAUGUGGAUGUAGAGCAGUACCCUGAGAUUAUUUGUUUACAGGGGAGAUUAGUAGCAAGUGUGAGGAUAAAGGAGUGUGUAUGAGUGUGUAGGCUGUAAGAGGGACAGGGAAAAUUGAUAUUAUUAAGCGAAUAUAUAAGUAUGGGAUAUGUGCUUGAGUGCAGGAGAGGUAAAGUACUGAGGUGAUUUGGCCUUUUGAGACCGAGUAGCUCAGAGUGAGAUGACAAGGUGAUUGUAAAGUGUGUGUGUGUGUGUGUGUGUGUGUGUGUGUGUGUGUGUGUGUGUGUGUGUGUGUGUGUGUGUGUUUUAGCAGCAGGUGUGCAAGGGAGUAAUAAAACAUAGAUGAAGUUUGUAUGAGUAUUGGAGUGUGGAACAGUUGAGGCUAUGAAGAAGGUAUAAAUGAGGACGGCAAUGUGUGAAACAGGGAGAGAAAAUAUUGAAGUUACAAAAAGAAUUACAUUUCAGAUUUGGAAGGUGAUCAGAAAUAAGCAAAAGCAAAAGGCAUAUUUUUCAGUAUAGAGUAUAGGCAAUAGCUGAGAUAAAAACAAGAAAAAAGCAACAUGACAAAGAUAGAGAGUGUGUAUAAGACUAAGGACAGACACAAGGUACAGGAUAGUGCAGUGGUGUGUGUCAGUGUGCCUGUCUUGCCGGGCACUGAACUAUCCGUCCAGGAAGAUGUGCAUGUGUGUGUUUGCUCCUGGCUGCGGGUCACAACUCCUGCCUCAAGCUUGGGUGGUGUAGCGGCAUGGUGUUGAGUGUCAUAAUAAUUGCAGGUGUGAAGUGUUGCCAUUGUAUUAAAUGUAUUACUAUUUAUUGAUUUUUUAUUUUGUGGCUAAAGUACUUUUGUUGUGAUUGUAUUACAUAUCGUUGAUAUUUUAAUUUUCAUUCUAAUUUUGUUUUUUCUCUUGAUACAGUCCUGUUGGGAUUGUCUUAUAAGCAUGUAUAUCAAUUUGCAUAUAGUUCUUGCAGAAAUUGUAAUCUGUUCUCAGUUUUCUAUAAUUUUAUCACUUAUGGAGUGGUAGGUGUGUGAUUAAGUCCAUGUCUUGCAGUGCUUGUGGUAGUGGAGUGGGGAAUGCAUGAUGUUUUACCCUUGUCCAUUUUAUGUCUGCAGUGACAUGACAACUGACAGAGUGCCUGGAGACAUGACAGACAGGUACACUUCAGACAGCACAUGUCCUGGUUUGUAGUCACCUCUGUAUUGAUCACUCAAGCUCAGUGAAGGAUGAUAAAAGUCAGUUAGUUUAAGCACAAGUAGCAUUGAAAGCCACACCCAGCGUACGCUCAACUCUUCCUUGCUAGAGGUUCUAUUCAGGAAUAUCCACUGAAAGUAACAAUCCCUCUGAGGAAGUCCUACACUACAUGUGUCCCUUGUGGCUUCCUGCAGCUUCCCUUGUAUUCUUAUGUUGUAGUGCUUUUCCAUAUUGUAUUUACCCUGUCAAAUUAGUACAGUGGUGGUCACAAGCUGAGCAACAUGCACCACUCACUGCCAUUGUGCUUUGUGUUCUGGCUCAUUCCUCUGAUCUGCUGACAGUCUCCUGACAAGACUUGGUGGUUGAUAGAUUUUUAGCAAAUUGUGGGACUUGAGAGUGUGCUUUGCUUUGUCCUCAGUCAUGUAAUCUGCUGACAGUCUCCUGACAAGACUUGUUGGUUGAUAGAUUUCUAGCAGAUUGGAAGAUUUGAGAGUGUCUUAACUUCUCUCAUUUGUUGACAGUCUCCUUACGAAGUGUGAUGUUUGAUAGAUUUUCAGAUCACAGGACUUUCUCUGAUCUGUUGACAGCCUCCUUACAAAGUGUGAUGGUUAAUAGAUUUUCAGCAGA